GGAUUGGAGACCCGCAGCCGGCGCGCUCUCACGGACACAACGAGACCUUUGGAAGAGCCGCAGGUACCAUGCCAGAGCCGUCAGGAGAUACCCGUCCCAUCCCAAGGGGCAGCAAGGCAUGCCGCCGCCUCUUUGGCCCGGUGGACAGUGAGCAGCUCCGCCAGGAUUGCGAUGCAGCAAUGGCCAGCUGUGUGCAGGAGGCCUGUGAGCGGUGGAACUUCGACUUUGUCACCGAGACACCACUGGAAGGCGACUUCGCCUGGGAGCGCGUGCGGGGCCUCGGCCUGCCCAAGUUCUACCUGGGGGGCCGGGACGACCUAGGAGGGAGCAAGCGGCCUGGCACCUCAUCCGCCCUGUUGCAGGGGACAGCUCAGGAGGACCACGUGGACCUGUCGCUAUCUUGCACCAUCCUGCCUCACACCCCUGAGCGCCCUGAAGCUUCCCCUGGUGGGUCUGGAACCUCUCAGGGCCGAAAACGGAGGCAGACCAGCAUGACAGAUUUCUAUCACUCUAAACGCCGGCUGAUCUUCUCCAAGAGGAAGCCCUAACCUGCUCACCAGAGGCCGCACUCCUGGAAACAAGGGGGGCCCCCAGAGCCCCCCUCUUUAUCUUCUGCCUUAGCCCUUCAGUUUGUAUGUCUUAAUUAUUUGUGUUUUAAUUUAAACUCCUCAUGUACAUACCCUGCUUGCUACCCUGGCCUCUUGCAUUAGGAUUAUUUAAAAAAAAAUUAGAUAGCAGUACAAUAGGCUUAUUAGGAUGCUAGGUAUUUUUAUUAUACAAACUUAUUUAAAAUCUCCUCAUUUUCCACUCUCCACUUCCUCUCUCCUGGAGGGUAAGGUGGGUUGGCAUGACCCUUACCCCUGGGUGGCACUCUCAGGAGGGGUGGUGUACUCCCUGUCUCCCGGGUGUUAGGAAACUCUGCCCCUUUCCUGCAUUCUCAGCCCUGCAUUCUUUAUCAUUUGAGAAGUAAACAAAUAGCACUUUGAAGGGGGCCCCUGCAGAGUGGGAGCAUCAUGAAAACUUUGGAGUUCCUUCACCUUCCUAAGGUGGGGCCGGGUGACCUUGAAGUGGGCACAGCCUGGAACAGGGCUGGACCUGGCAUGCUCCUGGCCUGCAGUGUCAUGGGGCAUGGGGAAGGUAGGGUCCUGUAGCAAACCUCCCUGCCUCUCCCCACUCCCUCUGCAGCCCGCAGAGGAGCCAGCCUCCAUGUUUGGCCUCCACCCUGCUGGCUCCCCCCUCCCCCCUGCACUUUUCUAGGAGUCCUGGAUGCCCCUCCUUUCCAGCUGGGCUCUCAAGUCCUUUGUUCCUCUCCCCUCCCCCCAUGUCCUUUCUCUAACCCCUCUCAGCCCUGGUGGCAGCUGUGGGGUGCUGUCCUCCCCAACUCAGUGGACUGAAAGGAGAAGAGACAUGUUAAAAGUAGGGGUCCCCAGUUCUACCUCAGGUAGCUCAAACAGCUAUGACCCCCUCUCUUAGCUCUUGGGGGAGGGGCCCUGGGUGGCCAGGCAGGCCUGCCUCCUUGAGUGGGGAAUCUCUCUGUGUAAGGAGCAUGUGGGGAGGAGCAGACUUUCCUAGGAGGAAGAAUGUGACACCAGCCCGGAACUCAUCCAAGCACCUUCCCCAUAUGCCCUCCCCUCCUCCCCCACUAUUUUCAUUGCACUUUGAAAAGCAGCUGAACAAGGAGUCAGGUGUUUUAAGAUGAUGGAAGUAGAGGCUGUGGAUUGGACACAUAAAAUGGGCUGAUAAGGACCUGGGAGUUGUGAAUUGUCUUUCCUGGCUCUAAACACUGAGCCCUGGAGACACCAAAGCAGUUAGAGGGUCUGACCCCAAAUGCCUUCCAGCUCCCAUAACAUCCUGCCCUGGCCUGUUUUGUCCAGGCUCCCCGCGUGUCCUGGUUCUCCUGAUUCCACCUAGACUGUAAGCCUCUUAAGGGCAGGGACCAUGUCCUGCAUUGCUCUGUGUCCUUCACAGCUCCUCCCACAGUGCUGGGUAUACAGCAGGUGCUCAAUAAAUAUUUCUUGGUAACUUUACUUGUACUAUUACUGUUGUGGUCAAUAUACUUUGUUAUUUAUAAGAACAAGUAGGUGGAGGUUUGGGGAGGUUUUAUAAAUUAAAAAAAUGACACAUUUGGAGUAAAAAAAUGCAGAAAGUGUAGCAAACAGGAAGAUCAUGUGGCAAAAAAAAAAAAAAAAACAGACAACAAACAAAAACAAUAAAUCAUCACACCUCUGCAAAGAUCACCAGUGUC